AUGAGGGCGGAGGAAACUGAAAAGCCGAUAGUGUCUUUGGCCGAAGCUGCCGCAAAGAUAGUUCCUUCACAUCUAGGGGAUCACCUCGACGUUACGAGAAGAGCAUUCUCCCAAGUAUCAUGGACAUGGGUGAAGAUGUUCAAGGAGUCUGCUUUGUCCACUCUCGUCGAUGUUCCGUUAUCUCAUAUUCCUGGACCUCUCUACGAAGCAUCAGUCGAUUGGAUCAUACAAUGUCCAGUUCAAACACUCUCGAAGCUCGUAUCGUGGACGUGUGAUCGUAUUCUCCUUGAUUUGGCUACAUGUGGUGACAAGCCUCCAAUAUCUUCUUGGCCCAAAUCUCAGGCGGCACAUUUUGUUGUAUUAGCUUUGGUAUUGCGUGGUAAACCUGAUUCUUUGAUUGGGGUUUUGCCCUUACUGUGGGAGUUACCCAAGUAUCAAGGUCUCGACAAGCUUCCCCUUAUAGUUUGGAUGAUGGCUCAGGCCUCCCGAGGUGAUUUAUCUGUUGGCCUGUACUCAUGGAGGCGUAACUUACUACCACUAAUCAGUAAUAACAAGUGCUGCCCGCUGUCAAUGGAUCUCAUCCUGCAAUUGGUUGAAUACAUUUUGUCUCGUCCGGAGGCUCUCACUAUACUUGUAAAUGGAGGUGGUGUUGUGGAAGGAGAGCGGGUGGUUCCACUCCCUUCACUUGAGAUCUUGCUCCGCCUCACAUUCCCUACUCCAUUUGCAAGAGGAGAGACUACAGAGAGGUUUGAGGCAAUUUAUCCCUUGUUGAAGGAUGUGGCUCUUGCACCAGAGAAAACAGGAGGAAGAGAUGCGAUGAAACAUGUUUUAACGUUUGCCUUGAUGUUAGCUGGAGAAGAAGGGAAUCCUGUUUUAGCCAAGGAAGCUACAUCAAUCGCUAUGAGGUCUUUGACCGAAAACAUUGACUGCUUUGAGCACUGGGACUACAUCUAUAUGAAUAAUCUAGAAGCUAGUGUUGCUCUUCUUAAGAAGCUUGUAGACGAAUGGAACAACCAUUUCCUCAGACUAUCAUCAUCAUCAUCAUCACCAAGUGACACUUUCACUGUCAAUCAAACUAUGGAGAGCUUCAGGCGUAAGAACAAAAGAGCCAUCGCUGAAGGAGGAUCCAUUUGUUCUCUUUACAAAGAAGCUGACAAGUACUGCAAACUGGUCUCAAAGAGACUCUCCCCUGGAGGUGGCGUUGAAGGUUCUAUGACGUGUCGGUGUUUGGAUCUGAUAAAAUCUGGUGAGGGAGAUGAAGAAUCGAGGAUAUUCUCUUUGGCCGAAGCUGCUGCAAAGAUCGAUCCUUCACAUCUUGGGGAUUACCUCGUCAAAGCAGUGAGAGUUCGUUGGUGUCCUGAGGAGCGGUUAUCUAGGUUUACUAAUUACUUUGUUGAGGCACUUUCCAGAGUAUCGUUUCCAUGGGUGAAGAUGUUCAAGGAUUCUCCUUUGUCCACUCUGAUUGAUGUUCCAUUAUGUCAUAUUCCUGAAUCUGUCUAUGAAACAUCACGCUCUUGGAUCAACCUACGUCCAAUUGAGUCACUCUCCGCCUUUGUACUGCAUGCGUUUGAUCUUAUCCUUGUUGAUUUGGAAGCACAGCAAGGAGGUGACCACUCCAAAUCUCAGGUGGGAGUGUUUGUUGCAUUAGCUAUCAUUUUGCAUUCUAAACCUGAGGCUUUGACUACCGUAUUACCCAUUCUGAGAGAGAACCCUAAGUAUCAAGGACAAGACAAGCUUCCCAUUACUGUUUGGAUGAUGGCUCAGGUACGUGGACCAAGAGUACUGUUCAAUUCUGAAAAGUUUUCUAACUGUAAGAGUAUGUUUGGACAGUCCUCCAAAGGUGAUCUGUGUCUUGGCUUGUAUUCAUGGGCACAUAACUUGCUACCACUAGUCACAGUCAGUAAUAAGAAGUGUUGCUGUAUCCCUCAGUCAUUGGAUCUCAUCCUGCAAUUCGUUGAGGAAAUUAUGUCGCAUCCAAAGGCUCCAACCAUACUUGUAGAUGGAGCUAUUAGGGAGGGACAGCCUCUGAUUCCACUUCCUUCUUUUGAGAUCUUGGUGCGUCUCACUUUCCCUCCUCGAUCCGCAAGAGUAAAGUCUACAGAGAGGGUUGAGGCAAUAUAUCCCUUGUUGAAGGUCGUGGCUCUUUCACCAGACAUGGCAGGAGGAAGCAACGCUGUGAAACAGAUGUUCACUUUUGCCUUGCGAUCAGGUAGAAAGGGUAUUGUUACAGGAAAUCUUGCUUUAGCCGAGGAAGCUACAUCUAUCGCUAUCUGGUGUGUGCUUGAAAGCGUUGACUGCUUUGAGCACUGGGACAUUAUCUAUAGGGAGAAUCUAGAAGCUAGUGUUGCUCUUCUUAAAAAGCUUGUAGGGGAACAGAAGGUUUAUUUCCUCAGGCUACCAAGUGAUACUCUCAUUGUCAAUCAAGCUAUGGAGAAAUUCAGGCGUAAGAACAAAAAAGCCAUCGGUGAAGGUGGAGCCAUUUGUUCACUUUACAAAGAAGCUGACAAGUACUGCAAACUGAUCUCGAAGAGACUCUCCCCUGGAGGUGGAGGUUUAUGGGAUAGAGGGACAACUUACAACCGUAGGAUGAGCUGUGAAGGAAGAGAAAUCUUAACCCGCAAGGUUUCGAUGGAUGAGCAGUGUUUGGUUCUAAGUGGUGACUGGGUUUGUGGAGAUGGAGGAAAGUGGGAUUUUAUGAUAGAGAAGAAUCAGAUGGGAAGAAUGGUUAGGAUUAGCGAAGGGAUGGGUUUCAAAGAACUUGAAACUAAUGUUUUCGACGAGUUCAAAGUUGAUAAGGGUUGUUUCCAUGUAUCUUUAAGCUAUUGA